GUGACUGGGAAAGGCAAGAAGGGAAAAGGAAAGACGAAGCAAGCAGCAGAAGAAACCUCAGAAAAGGGACAAGGAAAGGGCAAGUCACAGACGAAAGGCUCAGCAGGAGAAGCCCCGCCCAAAGGAAAAGGAAAGACCAAGUCGCCUGAGAAAGGAGCAGCCGAGGCCACGAAGGGAACAGAAAAAGGUGCUGGAAAGACAGGGGCCACAGGAGAAACCCAGCCGAAAGGAAAAGGAAAAGCAAAGUCGCCAACGAAAGGUUCCGGAAAGCAGGAGGCCACAGCAGAAGAGGCAAAGGAGGAAAAAGGAAAGGGCGAGUCGCAGCCCAAAGGAAAAGGAAAAGCAAAGUCGCCAACGAAAGGUUCCGGAAAGCAGGAGGCCACAGGAGAGGACGGAAAAGGAAAGGGCGAGUCGCAGCCGAAAGGAAAAGGAAAAGCAAAGUCGCCGACCAAAGGUUCCGGAAAGCAGGAGGCCACGGGAGAACAGGCAAAGGAGGAAAAAGGAGUAGCCGAAGCCAAGGCCACAGUAGAAGCCGCUGAGGAAGGGAAAGGAAAUGACGAGUCGCAGACGGCAGUUUCAGGACUGAUGACUGAUGCAGGAAAGGCCCCCUUGGCAGCAGAUGUCGCUUGCUCUGCUACUAGUGAUAUGAAGGUGCAGAAGCUGACUCCGGAACAGAUCGAGCAGAUUCUCAACAUGACUGCUCGAUCUGUGCCAGGACUGAAGCCCGGUCUGUUAGAGAAGUGGAAAGCGACCAAGGAUCCGAAAGAUAAGUUCAGCUUCCUGAAAGCUUUCAUUGUGCACAAAGACAUGAACGAUGUCGAAGUUGAAACCUACUACAUCGAGACAACCAGCUGCACUGAAAAUUGGCUUUCGCUUCCACUUUCUGAGCUUCGCAAGCUUUACACUGGAGAAGUUGGGAAGAAAUUCCUGGAAGAACAAGUGGUAGCAAAGCAGCGAGGAGUCCCGCACCCGCAGGAUACGAAGAAUCCCGAGAUGCGAAUUUACACUGUCUUUCAAAACUUCAAAGAAGUUUGCCCUUUGGCUUCAAGUGCCAACAAGAAGGAGAUCGGCAGCAAGACAUCUGCAGUCGCCAAAGUGCCGGGCAACAAGGCUGCUCGGGCAGCCUUUGCUGAGGCUCUGGACGAGAAGGAAAUCACGCCAGAAGAACAGGCACGAAGGGACUUCCAAAAAGAUCUACAGCAGAAAUUCGGUUGCACUUGGUUGCGAACCCUUGGCGAGAAAGCAACGACGGCGGCUACCAACUUGAAGAGCACGGGGAUGAAACGGCAAGAGGAGGAUAUCAAGCAUAUGGGCGAGGUCAACGAGUUCUGCUGGAGGACCCUGAAAGAGUGCAACGGCAUGCUGUUCUCCGCCAAGCCGAUCUCUCACGCCAAAGAGUACCUUGAGAGUAAGUCCCAGAUGCUGCAGGUGCAAGCACCCGGGUAUCAACAAGGAUUUAGGAAAGGUUCUGUCAUAGCGGCUUAUUGUGGGAUUCCAGAAGUGUUAUAA